UGACGCAAUCUCGCAUCUUUUUCACCGAAUCACUGAGGCAAGCUUCCUUCUUGAUGGAUCUGUUUAAAUAGGUAAUGAUUUCUUUGAACCCUAGGAGCUUUGCUUUCUUCUCCAAAUUUCGUUUCAUCUGCCGUACGAAACUCUGUCUACGAGCUGUGUUCUCCUGGGAGUUUGUUCGUCGCCGUUCAUCUGGGUUAUUGAUUUCCCAAUUUUUCGCUCAGAUUCAAGAUCUCAGAUCAAUCAAUCAGGUGCAUCGAAACCUAUUUUCCCCUUCAUCCUUUUUCUUUUUCCUUCAUUGUGUCGAUCCUUGUGAUGAAUUUUGGCAUCUGUUCCACGAUUGACCCAGGUUUUAUUGUCUAUGAUUUCUGAAAUCCCUAAUUGUGCAAAUUCUGAUCAUUUUUGGUAUCUGUUCUAUGGUUAAGCGACAUUUUAUUCUCUAGGGUUUGUGAAAUUCCUAAUCUUGCAAAUUGUGAUCGUUUUGGGUAUCUGUUCGAUGUUUAACGCACAUGUUAUUGUGUAGGGUUUGUGAAAUUUCUAAUUUGCAAAUUGUGUUUGUGACUUGAUUUUUUUGUGGGUUCAUGUUCUUGGUUACAUUUUUUGGGUUUCGCUGUUAACCUUCAUUUUGAACUCAUUAUCAGAUCUACUUUUGUUACCUGUUGAAUUGUUUGUUGCAUGUGUGUUGUGUUUUUCAUGAAUAUAUUUUUAAUUUUUUACUUUGUGUACAUUCAACAAAUCCCUUGAGUUUUUAAACUGUUUUCUGUAUUUAGAAACAUCUUCUGUUAUAUAUGUUUGAUGUAAUAUUCGUCUGAAAAUGUGGUCUGGAUACAUAAUAAGUUUGUACUGUAUAUUUUUCACUGGAAAUUCGAAAUUUGGGAAUCAUUAUCAAGGUAUGAGGUUUCAAUCUCAUCCCUUUCAUGAAUGUUGAUGUCAUUGAGAGAUUUUUACUCAUGUUUGUAUAUACUUUUUUUUUUCCACUCAUCUCCUCUUUUCAAUGUAUCCUUACCUAACACAUUUACCAACUCUCAUUAUGAUGAGUAGAAUCAUUGUUUGGGGUAGUUGAUUACUGCCUUCCCUAUGGUCUUAUGGCGUUUAGGUGCACUGUAGUAGGUAUGGUCUCAUAUCUCAAUUUUUGGUCCCUAUUUCUUGAUUUCUUGAAAGUUUCACUUGUUUUUCCUGUUUUUGUGUUGGUUCAGGUUUUUCUCCUAUGAUUAGUUGUCUCUAUGCCAUUGAAUGGAGAUGAGAAUGUGGGAAUGCCUAUCAAGCUGUUAGAUGGACAUACACCUCCUUGGCCCCAAGUUAAGAGGUUCAUUGAGAAAAGAAUGGCCUUGUGCCAGUAAAAUGGCUUUAUAGUGUUCUUUGUCUAACUAGCACAUGUCUUUAGCCAAAGAAAAAACUAUCCAGCAGCUGGUCUUCCCAUGAAAAUGUGUUCUCCACACAUAAUAAGGUUCACUUCUUUUUCCUGUUUUUGUGUUGGUUCACCUUUUGCUGCUAUGAUUAGUUGUUUAUGUGCCAUUGAAUGGAGAUGAGAAUGUGGGAAUGCCUAUCAAGGUAUGGGCUUUCUAUCUAACCUAUUUGGUGAGUGGUGAUGUGAUUGAUAUGAAUUGAUUCAUAGCUUCUUCCUCAUUAAAUGAAUGAUUUGGUUAUUUAAUUUUUUUGUGGGUUCAUCUUCUUGGUUACAAUUUUUGGGAGUUGGUGUUGACUUUCAGUUUGAACUCAUUAUCAGAUCUCCAUUUGUUACCUGUUGAAUUGUUUGUUGCAUGUGUUUUGUGUUUUUCAUGAAUAUAUUUUUAAUUUUUUACUUUGUGUACGUUCAACAAAUCCCUUGAGUUUUUAAACCGUUUUCUGUAUUCAGUCCCCUUAUCUAUGUUUGAUGUAAUAUUCGCAUGAAAAUGUGGUUUGGAUACGUAAUAAGGUUGUGCUGUAUAUUUUUCAUUGGAAAUUCAAAAUUCGGGAAUCAUUAUCAACGUAUGAGGUUUCAAUCUCAUCCCUUCCAUGAAUGUUGAUGUCAUUGAGAGAUUUUUACUCAUGUUUGUCUAUACUUUUUUUUCCCACUCAUCUGCUAUUUUGAAUGUAUCCUUACCUAACCAAUUUAUACCAACUCUCAUUAUCAUGAGUAGAAUCAUUGUUUGGUGUAUUUGAUUAUUGCCUUCCCUAUGGUCUUAUGACGUGUAGGUGCACUGUAGUAGGUAUGGUCUCAUAUCUCAAUUUCUGGUCCUUAUUUGUUGAUUUAUUGAAAGUUUGACUUGUUUUUCCUGUUUUUGUGUUGGUUCAGGUUUUGCUCCUAUGAUUAGUUGUCUCUAUGCCAUUGAACGGAGAUGAAAAUGUGGGAAUCUCUAUCAAGCUCUUGAAAAGACAUGGGGUCUUUGUGCUGAAUUUGAGAUGUCAUUCACAAAGGAACUGGCUUUGUUAGAAUGAGAUGGUAUCACUCCACUAUUUGUGUUACUAGUUCAGCUGUUGGAUGGACAUACACCUCCUUGGCCUCAAGUUAAGAGGUUCAUUGAGAAAAGAAUGGCCUUGUGCGAGUAAAAUGGGUUCAUGUUAUUCUUUGUCUAACUACCACAUGUCCUUGGCCAAAGAAAAAACUAUCCAGCAGCUGGUCUUCCCAUGAAAAUGUGUUCUCCACACAUAAUAAGGUUGUGCUAUAUAUUCUUUAUUGAAAAUUGGAAAUUUGGGAAUCAUUAUGAAGGUAUGAGGUUUCAUUAUCAUCCAUUUCAUGAAUGUUGAUGUGAUUGACAGGUUUUUAUUCAUGUUUGUCUAUACUUUUGUUCCCAUUUAUCUGCUGUUUCGAAUGUAUCCCUACCUAACACAUUUACCAACUCUCAUUGCCAUCACUAGAAUCAUUGUUUGGGGUAGUUGGUGACUGCCUUCCCUAUGGUCUAAUGACAUGUAGCUGCACUGUAGUAGGUGUGGUGUGAUAUCUCAUUUUUUGGUUCCUAUUUUUUGAUUUCUCGAAAGUAUCACUUCUUUUUCCUGUUUUUGUGUUGUUUUAGCUUUUUCUGCUAUGAUUAGUUGUCUAUGUGCCAUUGAAUGGAGAUGAGAAUGUGGGAAUGCCUAUCAAGGUAUGGACUUUCUAUCUAACCUAUUUGGUGAGUGGUGAUGUGAUUCAUAUGAAUUGAUUCAUAGCUUCUUCCUCAUUAAAUGAAAAAUUUGGUUAUUCAACUCCAUUACCCUCCAUUUCCCUCCUCAAUUUGAAUUCAAAAAGGUGAGAUUGUGUCCUGGAUUUUUUCUAUAAAUGGAUGGUUAGUGAAGCACAUUGAAUGCACAAACAUUCUGCUGUGUUGUAUUUGCUCCUAAGCUAUAUUUAUUUUAGAAUUUUUCUGUUUAUAUUUUGAUCUAUUUCAUCAACUCUCUUUAUCUCCUUUCUUUUUACUGCAAUGCCUCCUCCAUUUGAUAUGAUUUCUAAAAUGCAUCCUCCUAAAGAGGCUUGGAGGCUGAAAGUUAGGGUUCUAAGGCUUUGGGUUGUACCCUCUUUUGGUAACCAUGAGGUUCCUAACUCAAUGGAGAUGAUUUUCCUUGAUGAGCAUGUUAGCCUCUAUUAGCUUCUCUUUUAAAUAUGGUUUUACUUGCUAUUUUUUAAGUUUUCAACUUUAAAUUAUGUGUUUCAUUAAUCUGAUUUGUUCUUUUGUUCUAUUUCUAGUGUGAAAAAAUUCAAGCUACAGUCAAGAAACCACUCCUUAAUAGGUUUAGGGAUCAUAUAGUUGAAGGACAAGUUUAUAGAAUAGCAUAUUUUACUGUUGUGUCAAGUCAUGGUAGUUAUAGAGCAACUUCUCAUGAAUUCAAAUUGGUUUUCCUUCACCGAACCACUGUUGUAACAUUUGAUGAAGAUGUUAUCCCUAAGACUUGUUUCAACAUGUUUCCUUUUUCUGAGCUGCUGAACAUGACCCAAGAUUAUGAUUUUUUAGUUGAUGUCAUUGGUCUUUUAACUUCAGUCGGAGAAGAGAAAGAAUAUGCAAAAGAGGGGAAAAUUGUGAAAAUGAUUGCAUUGGAAUUAACUUCAAAAGAUCUUACAGUACGAUGUGCAUUGUUUGGGGAUUAUGUUAAUCAAGUAAAUCAUUUUCUUGCCUCUGGCUAUGUGGAGCAGCCUGUUGUAGUCAUUCAACUUGCAAAAGUCAAGUUCUUUAGGGGUCAAGUAGGUCUUCAAAAUGUGAUGUAUGCCACUCAAAUGUUAUUUAAUCCUGAUAUUCCUGAAGUUGUUGAAUUCAGGCAGAUUAUGAUUGAGCAAGAUGUCAAUGGUACCCAGCCACUGUUUAUUGCAAAUGAGGGUAAAGUUCUCUCCUUGGAAGAUGAUUUCAUGCGUUUAACUAGAAAAUGCACUAUUGAAGAGCUUCAAGAUAACAAUCAGGAGGGUUCUUUUAUCAUUUUUGGUGCAAUCCAAGGUAUUGUUGAGGAUGGAGGUUGGUGGUAUUCUGCUUGUGUGUGUGGAAAGGGUAUCUAUCCUCAAAAUGGUGCAUAUUACUGUGAUUUUUGUUUGAAGCACAUAACUAAUGUCACUCCAAGAUUUAAAAUUAAAAUAACAGUUGAAGAUCAUACUGGGGAGGGUAUUUUCCUUCUCUUUAAUCGUGAGGCAUCUUAUUUGCUUAAGAAAUCAUGUGCUGACUUGUUUACUGAGGUUCAAAGAGAUGCAAGUCUUAUAUGUAGGGAUACUUAUCCUCCCAUAUUCCAAGGCCUCAUUGGAAAGAAGUUGUUGCUCAAGGUUGAUACCAAAGGUGUCCCACAUGAUACAUUUUAUGGGACUUUCCGAGUUAGGAGAAUUUGUGAUGAUUCCACCAUUAUUGCGAUGUUUGAACUUCCCGAUUAUGAUGCUGAUGAUGAGUCUACUCCAAAAAGGAGAUGAUUUACACAAAUCUGUUCCUUGUGGAAAAGCGGAUGUUGGUAUUAAGAAGGAGUCUUCAGAUAGUUUUAUCAAAAGUGAGAAAGAUGCUGGUGAGUAUUCUGGGAUUUUGUGUAAAUCCCCUGUUCUUAUAGAUUUUUUGGCUGAAAAACAGCCUACUGUUUCCGGAGGGACUGAGUUUGUUGGCUUAAUUGAUGGUGAACAUGGAAAAGAAGAGAAAACACCCAGCAAUGAUACUAUUAGUGAUGAUCUUUCUGCUGAACUGGAUAUAUUGCUUAGCUCAGCAGAAAAAGAAACUCAGGAGGUGUUGUCCCAUGUUCUUGAAGCACCUUCGCAAUAUGGAGAAAAGCUUAGUCAUGAAAAUCAUGUUGUCACCUCCAAGGGUAAGAGGAAUUUGAAUCCUCAAUUUGAAGAGGCUGCUGUUGAUGCAGAUGAGCAUGGGUUCAAGGUUGCCAAGGUUAAAGGAGUUUGAUUGAAGGUGUGGAAUUGAGCUGCUGUGUCUAGGUGUAAGUGUUUUAUAUAGUGUAUCUCUAAGUAUUUAGGAAGGCUUGUGAUUCCAAAUAGAUUGACAUGUAAUCAUGCUGGCUGGAUGCUAUUUUGAUUUGACUUUUUUGGAUUGUGUCCAACAAAUAGGAUUGUCAGAUAUAGGGGUUUUCCUUCUGUGAUGGCUUGGGUAAUGUGCCAACUAGGUCUAUUCUCAACUCCUCCUUUUGUAAUAGUGACUUUGCUAGGAAUUGGACACAUUUUCAAUGUUGUACCCUCUUUAGGUUACAUACUAGGAUAUGUGGUCAGAUGUUGGAAUCCUCCUUAUCAUAUGACUUAGGGUAUGUAAUUGUGUAUAUCACUAUCAAUUAGGGGUGUAAUUGGUUCGGUUUGGUUCGGUCGA